AUGUUUGCCGGCCAAGUGCGCAAGUACGUAGACUCUGCGGUGGAGUCUUUCCUCUCGCCCUUCGUGGAUUCCUUGGACAAGGCCGGAGCUCCAGCGAGAAAACCGAAAAUAGGAGGGAAAUGUCCUUCCCGAGAUGGACAGCCUAUUUCCCGGGGCAGUGGACUCCAAUCUCGUUCGGGGCGAGACGGAGGUAGUGAGUUUGCUGGCAGGAAGAAAGGAGAAAAGCUCUUGGGAGGUUCGUCUGGCGAGAAGGGAUCUGAGAAACCCCGGUUCUGGUGGGCCCCCUGGGGAAGUAAGAAUGAAAACGAGAACGCGCAUCCACGGCAACUCGCCACAUCAAAGUCGUCAGCUUUGCCAAGUGAGGAGGAUCCGUUUACGGGGUCUGAUGUCUCAACAGACGCGCAGAGGCGACGUGAAAAUGACCUCUCAGGUGAAGCGACCAGUUCUGCGGAGAGGACAAGGCAGACGCGAGGUCGCAUGCGGUUCUCCGGUGGCGCCAGUCCCACGAGAAAGGACACAAGUGAAUCGAGCUUGGAUGAGGAUGAGCCGUCGUCGCCUUAUGGCUUCAGUCCGAGCCCAACUGCUACAGGCAGCGGGGACAUUGUCUACACAAAUAUCCGGUUGCGGCGUGAUCUUCUGUCCUCCUCAGGUCUCCCAUUCGUUCUUUCGCAAGGAGUCAUCUCGUCCCUUCGCAUAUCUAUCCCUCCUCUGCUGUCUCUUGCCCCUAUUGUCAUUUCCGUAGAGGAUGUGCUGCUGCUGUUCACUCCCCUGCCUGGGAACCAGUGGAGUCCGUCGGAGGUUCGCCGUCUCGCUCAACAGCAUCGACGGGCUCUCAUAGCAGACCUUGAGGAGCAAAUUGAAAACCAGGUCCGCGGCAGUCUCCACUCAAGAAAUCGAAUGCGGAGCUCCGCGUCGGAAACGGGCGGGGCUUUUGGCAGUUCAGCUUCUCAUUCGCUUCCCACCGCCAGGUACCUGGCCGGCUCUGGCAUGCUACGCUCAGCAACUGAUGUCUCCGCUCUCGGUGGCGCAGCCAGCGUAGGCGCAGAUGCCGUGGGAGGAGGGGGAGGCGUGACGGGAGGUUCCCGUGACAGAGAGAGAACUCGACCUGCUGCAGCUGGAGGCGGCGGAGUUCAGGCCUAUAUUCGUAACAACAUCGAACAGUGGCUUCUGGGGCGACUCAAGGUCAGUAUUCGUAAUGUUCACGUUCGGUAUGAACACCCAGGAGGCGCGAGCGGUGCGCCGUUUUCUUGGGGCGUGAUCAUCCCUUUCAUUCUCCUCAAUAGGGGGAUGCCGGAUGCAUCGUCUACCCAGGUGACGCAUGCAGCAGCUGCAGCUGCAGCAGCGGAGAGGGAGCAAAGGCAAGCGACGGAGCAACAGACAAAGAGGAACCGAGGGAAACCGGCACACGUCAGCGGAGGACCACGUAUCAGACGUGAAAAUGAAGCGUCCGAACAAAAGCAAGCUGAUGGCAGACUGCGAAACCCGCAGAGCCCGAUCAAUACGGGGCAGGCUGCGGCGCUACGAGGAGGCACGAGUCGCAACACGAGGUCUGGAGGCAGUGUGGGCGACUCCGCUCUGGACUGGCGAGUGGACGGAGAGGAGGAAGACAGGAUGAGUGAGGGACGGGGGGCAACCGGGGAGAACAAAGAGCCAGUUAGCAAGAUUUUGCUCUGCAGCAUUGCCAUGUACUGGAACAGCGGGGACCUGCGACUGAUCAGUGAGACGCCAAAGGCGAUAGAACGUUUGUACCUUUUAGCGGCACCUGUCUGGUCGUCAUCACCUGUCAGCGCAGCACGGACUGCCGCCGCGGAAGCGGAACUCGCCGCUACAGAACUUGCUGCUGUAGCCGCGGCGGGGAAAGGAAGGGAAGGGCAACAAGGAACGCAAGGCUUGUUGCUGCGCACGCCACCAGAGCCGCCGUUGCCAGUUUGCACCAGCAUCGAGCUCGGCGGAAACGAGCGUGGAGACAAGGCAAAGCAGAAAGUCGUAUCGGCUCCCGCGUCGCCUUCAGCACUGGCCAGGACUCGGAAAGCAGAUCGGGGCUUGGAGGGAUGCAGCUGGUUGCUGCGACUUUCGUUUUUCGAAUUCUCGGUGGUCCUUCAGCCCAGCGAGGAAGAAUCAACACACAACUUCGACCUUCGAGUGGAGGGCCAUGUGGACCCGGUCGUCCUGCACGUAAGUCGAGAUAUGCUCACGGACAUGCGGUCGCUGCAAAUGCAUCUCGCCGGAUUCAACUUCUUCAAACAGGCUGUGCUGGUCAGUCCGGCUCUUUUCCGCUGUCUGCGCGAUCAGCACAAGAGCGAAUCGUGUAGCUGCCUCCGGUCCCCUCGGCAGGUCGAGAACGCCUCCAGCGCACUUCCAGAGUCCGUUGCGCAGGACUCACUACGCUGGGUAUUUCUCCCGACCUCGCACUCUAACGGAAAAGUGUGUGCUGUCUCAGCUUGCCAGCGCCUCGAUGAAUCCGCCAAGGACUCUCAGACGGGAUCGGUGUGUUCCGCACCAUCACCCGGUAGUAGCCGAGGCCUGGCUGCCCUGUCGACGUCUGAUCGUGCCUGCCGCUCUCACCGGGCUCGGCGGCGCUGGCGAUUCGCUGUAACUGCUGUGUGCUGGCUGCGCCAGCUACAGGAACUCAGGUCGUCAAUGCACUCUCUGGUUUCCCCUCCUGUUCUCACCAUUCUCAAGCAGCAGCGAGCGUACAUUGAGUUGCGGUGUAGAUACCGCUGCGAGGUGGCUAAGAGACGCGCGGCUCGAGGCAACGCUUCCCUGCUUUCAAGAGUGUACGGGAAGUCUCCAAGCGCUGGGUCCAUGGAGGAAGAACUUGCCAAGGACCUCCGUCGAAUGGAAGAGGAGGAACUGCUUUACCUGCCUACAGAGCUGGUGCUUCUGUGGCACCGUCAAGCAGUCCUCGAUCCCGCGCUUCCACCGUACGACCUUUUCCUUCUCCACCGGCAUCCGCAUGCCGACGAAGAUGAGCUGGAAACGGACUCCGAGGAACUAAAGUCCCGGGAAGCUGCCGAUACGCAAGCUGUUACCGAAGACGCGAGUGCGGAAUCCCACGCAGUGAAGGCCCGAAAAGGCGGGCGCCGGGAAGUCACUUUCGCUGCUGAACACCUCGAGUCGGAUGUGCCGCACGCACGGCCACGUGGUUCGUUCUCGGAUCCGGUUCAUGGAUUCGCUGCUGCCCGCAGUCUACCUCCUUUGUCUAUAUCUCCCUUCACGUUUUCGGCCUCUCUCCUUCCUCGCCGAAUUCGACGUAUGGUUCGCAGUUUGUUUCCAGGGGACGACCGGGAAACAACGCCCCACGGCAAUGGGCUGCCGGUGACUGGCCAACUGUUUCAGCAGCUUUCGUGGUCUUCCGGUCCAGAAGCGACGCGUGCGCGGCUGCCUCCCCGUGUGCGGGGUCGGCUCUGGAGUUCCCCUCACCGAUGGGCGAGCUUUCAGCCUGCGCCCGUGAACAGGCGGUGGGCCGCAGAGGCUUUAGGCGGCUCGCCCGGGCGAUUUCAGCCCCCUGGGACGGUUCAGCGGUCUGCGGUCCCGCUUCUGCCUGGUGGCGGAUGGAGACAUAACGCACGCCGAUGGGUGCUCGGGAAGAAUGCGGCACCGCAGAGUGAUGGAGGACUCGCGUUUUCCGCUCCUCUGGGAGAUUCUGCCUCUUUGUCGGACCCCGUUGAUGACGGUGGGAUGAACGGAUGGCACUAUCCACAACAGCGUCCGCAUGCCGCGGACUUCCCACUUCUCAAUCAAGGCGCUGCGGGCUGGGGACCUGACCAAACAGGACUCCACUGGGGCGGCCAAGGGAUACACAGGGCGACAACUUCGUUUGCGGUUCCGCCUUUGUCGAGUGCACCGUAUGCUGUUCCAUUCGCGGGCACGGACGAAGCAGUCUUGCGACACAUAGGAAGUUUAAAGAGAUCAGACAGUACCGGAAUGCAACUGACGCCUUCCGGUCCACAGGGUCUGUCUCCGUGGCAGCCGUCGCAAGACGCGGGGCCCGACGCGUUUCCAUUCUCCGGAGAUGCAACCCACUAUCCGUGGGAAGAAGGCCAGCAGGCUUGGCAGAAGCAGCAGGCGCAGCUGCAUCGAGCUGCCAUGCUGGAGCUCCAAACCAGCAUGGCCGGUGGACCUACGUGGGAAAACACCCCUCAGCCUAAAAAUGUCGUCGGCUGGUAUCCAUCUACACUCGGGCCAGACCCAUCGGCCACUGAACGGUACUUCCGCGGCAUGCAGAGGUCUACAACAGAGGCGCAUGCUUUGGCGCGAGCGUGGAACCAGGCAAGCGCUUGGGACAGGGGGUCACAUUUCAGAGGAUAUCCCGGCGCGAGUACACGCGGCAUGGCAGUUCAAAGAUAUCAAGACGUCGGUUACACGAAGCUCCGGAAGCACCACGAAGGUGGGAGGCAGUUUCUGAAGAAGCGCGUCGUACUGGGCUUUCUUUGUCGCACCAGCGUUCCAACGUUCUGGGCAAAUCCGGGCGGAGGCCGCGCGCUCAAGGAUACUCUGCCCGUGCAGACAGACACAGAGUUCAAGGUGCCCCUGGGCCAGGCUUGGGCGGGCUCGAAGACGCCAGCGCUGCACAUUUGCGAUCCGCAGAGAGCCCACGAGAAGGACGAAGGCGACAAGCCAGAGGUCCAUGCCUGCCCUAUGGGACGCGUGGCACCGAAGGGCGCGCGUUUCUGCCCCACGAGGAAGAGCGCAACGUCUCUCAGCGUCCACUUCAAUCACACUCACGUCGAGAUUCACCUGACCAAUCUGCUUGUUCUGCUGCCGGCCGCUGUAGCCGGUAUGCCCAAGGCCAUUCGACGAGCGCGGCGGAUGGAAAACAUGGUGGUGUCAGGGAAUGCACGAGGCAUGACAUCGCUGCGGCCACCAGGGGGGCUAGCCUCAGGCGAGCGCUUUGUGACCGAUGGCAAUUCGAGACUCCGUGAUCCAAGUGGAGAUACCUUGCCUUUCGAGCCUUCUUUAUCGCCUGAGGCGGCCCUCGCCAUCGCCCUUUCUCCAGCGUCUCCCCUUUUGGCACCGGCCUCGACUGGUGCGCCUUCCGUCCUAGUUUCGUGCCACACGCUGGCCUUCGUCGCAACACCCGAAACGCCUUCGUCGCCCGACGUGAAAGCAGCCGCUGUCGAGGGUCUUCAGGUCGCCGUGGCUGCGCAGCUUCUGCAACUUUUACAUAUUCUGCAUGCGCAGACAGUGUCUUCCGACCGAGCAGGUGCAAAUUUGCAAGAGUUCGCCGAUCAGGGUGUUCCCCUACCGUUUGCUCCCGGAAUUCCCGCCGAUGUUCUUCCGCCAGGACAGCUGGGGGAUGUGACGGGAACCCCUGGAAAGAGGGCGCGGACGGGAAGGCUCCCAAUGCCAAGGAACAGGGCACGUUUCGGUGAGAGCGACAGAGCGUCGCUGCGGAUGCAGCGCCAGGAGGGGCUGGGCACCGCGGCUGCGGAACCUGGGACAGACAAUCUGCGCGCGGCACAUAUUGAAGAUUCGAUCUCGGCGGCAGCGCUACCGUACCCUAUUUCUCAUGCAACGAGCCACGGUCGACUUCGGAGGCCAACAGACGACCAGUGUCUGCCUGGACGCCGACUCAUGAUGCAACUACAGGAGCAACAGGAGCAGUGGCAUCAACAGCAGUUACAGCGAGGAUCGCUGGUGUUGUCUUUUGUCGGCGUUGCGGCCAGUGCCACCGUCUCCCCUCUGCUCACGCCUUCCGCCUCCUUCGAUUUUCUCUUGCGAAGUGUUGUCGCUGAGAACGCUCAUGUCAUUCCGGAAAGCCGUCGCCGGAUCCUGCUUCGACCGUCCCUCCACACGUCGCCUUCCAGCGGGUCUUCCGGGGACCGUAGAAACGGACAGCUGCCAUCGUCGAAGAGUGCAGAGUCGUGCUGGACAGAAGGCGCCUCAUUCGGCCCGGUAAUUUCCUCAACCUCUAUUCCGACCGUCUUGAAUGCCGGUAUUGGUGACGACCGGGAAUUGGAGAGACGUCGAGCGAGGCGUACCCAGAACUACUUCAUUCGAGGAGGAGUUCAUUCCAGUCGAGUCCGGCUAUCACUGUCGAAAGUUGACGUUUUCCUCGCGCCCCAAACCAUCCAGGAAUUAUGCGCAGCGCUUGCACCGCUCGUAGGUUGUCUGGCGACGGCUGCAGCCUUCUCGAGAUCCGUGGAGGCAGUUCUGCCGGCAGCAGAUGCCACUGCAAGCCCGCGGUCAGGACACAACUCGGACAGCGAAGAAGACGGUACUGAGACGCGUGCCCAUUUGGAAGGUAAAGACAGAAACAACGAGCAGCUUUGGUUUUUUGAGGUGCACUCCAAAGGCGUGGUCAUCUGUCUCCUUCAGUGCUACACCAACAGUAGUCUUUGCCUCGUCGAUAUUGGCGAGUGCGCGUACACGAGCUCAACGAGUCAUCGCUUCCACAUCUCGUCCUUAAACGUUGUCAGUGGAGGUCUAGGACUGCCUAUCUUCGAGACAGAAAGCCAUCCAAAAGCCUCGGCUCCUAUCAAGACAAACGAAAAGUGCGGGCCGUCCAGCGUGGGGACCUUUGACGAAGGGGGAACAGGCACGAGUGCCAAGUCGCGCAGAAUGCCAGGUGGCAAGACUCCGACAGAAUCCGCAGCUUCUCAGUCGACUCAUACUUCCCCUCGAAAACAAGAGUACCACGGGGUUGCCUGCUCGCUGCAAGACUCGUGGAGGUCGGCAAAUUCACUGCGCCCACAGAAAGCGCAAAGAGCAUGCGAUCUCCGAAUCGUAUCACUCAAUAGCUUUACUGAUUCUUGCGGUGGUGACGUGCCGCUGGCACGGGGGAAGAAUUCGGCGGGCGCCAGGACCCAACCGUGGCUGGAGGUGAUCUACAGCCCACAAGCCGAGCGAACAGCAACCGUUCAAAACAGGCUGCAUCAACAGGGGUAUUUGGCUUCCGCGGUGUCAUCGGUGUCGCUCUGCGUGGGGGACAGCUGCUGCUUUGUCCGCAUUCCCGAGUUCAUCCUGAUUUCUCAGUUUGUGGCAGACUGCCGGACGGCUGUACAAGAAGUGCUGGAGCGACUGCGCCGGGUGUCGCGUCACCAACAAGUGCAGCUUCAACAGCUUCAGCAGGCGCGUCUAGAAAGCCUACGCCGCACGAGGCGCGUGGACCGACAGCAGCAGGAGGCAGUGCUUUCUCAGCAGCGUGUACGGCACCACCACGGGGUCCAGCCGGUGGUCCUGCCGAUCCGGGGAACAACUCCUCUGGGCGGAGCAAAAAGUUUGAAUGAUGGGUUUGGUUCCGAAAUGCAGAAAGAUGACGCUGUCGCCAAAUUAUCUGGACUGUCAAAAGCAAACGCACCCGACGGCAGCAGCGGUUCGCAGCAUCCGUCCGCUGGAGGCCCUCGAACAAUGGAGACCACCACGGAAGCGCCGAACCAACCUAUAGCAGUACGAAAGGAUGUCACCAUUCUCCCCCCGUUACUUUUGCUCCGUGUCAGAGUUUCUUUUCCCACCCUGUUUCUGGCCGCCGACAAGCCCGAGAAGCCCCCUCCAGUCGUCGCUAGUCUAGGGUUUCUUCAAGUGUCUACUCAUCUUCACGCCCAGGUAACCUUGCCCCCAAGUCCCUUCGAUAUGCGCGCGGUUGUCGCCGAGGUAUCUGAGAAAGUUUCCAAGGGAAGUACGGCAUCUCCUGCCACUGGCGCCGGUGUGGUCGCUUCGCCGCCUGAUCCCAUUGUUCAACUCCGCGCUCGUGCUGACAGUGGCCGUCAAGACGCUGGACAUGUCGCGUCCUGGAUCGAGGACCGUCCUGACGAAGAGAGAGAGAGAGAGCGGACUGGAGGACUUCGAGAGGUUUCUCUCGUAACUCGGUCUACUUGGCCAGGAACGAGCAGUGCUGGAGCAGCGGCAUACGAAGAGUGGAACCUUCCUGUGGCGGGUAGCUUUUCUGUUCCAGCCUGUGAAUUCCAGAUUACGUACGAAAAUGCCCAGAUUUAUCUGUACGGUACGCAUGCGUCUUCGUUCACGACGGUGAACAACGCGAGCGAUACUGAACGGGCAGUGUUCGCUGACAGGGUUUCUAUAGGUGAAUGCUUCACGUUGAAUGCAGAGGUAUGGAAGAGCCUUCGGUCGCAGAGUUCCGUUCAUGCCCCACGGGGAUCGCGUGAAACGGGGUUGCGCGCACGGCGAGUGACUGACGAAGAGAAGGCACAGUGGCCUGUGGCGUCAGGCGAAUCCCGGUUCUCUGGCGCCGAGGGCCCUCCCUGUGGCUCGGCUGACCCUUCAGCGCAGAAUGCGCACUGCCGUAGGAAUUCGCUCUCGCGGGAGCGCGCCCAGCUAGUCCAACGGUCUCAAAACUGUGACUUGUGCGUGUGUCUUUUUUGUUCAUACAUUCACCUGCGGGUAGCGCCGCAGCUCGUCGCCGCUCUCCAUGCAAAUGCUCAAAUGAAUGUGGGGUGUACGCCUCAGCUCCCGUUGCUUCAGGCGGUGGUAGCUGGAGACGACAGCGAGCCGGGCGGAGGAGAAACUGAGGAGGACUUUGUUGCUGGGGUCCUUGGAGGACGCUCGCGUGGCACUCGCCGCACGGAAAGACAUCGCGAGACGGAUGGUGAAGGGCUGGAAUCCAGAGCAGCAGCGCCUUCGAGGGGCAGAGGCGGAGCUGUUUCCGCGAAUAUGAAUGACAUGGUUUCAACCAGGUCUCCGGCAAGUGGUGGCGGAGAAGGGACGGAUGGAUGCGCCUUCGGCCGUGGCCUGCCGUCAGGCUGGCAAGGGUCGGGAGACUGCGAGGCCAUAGUCGGCCAGCCGUGGGACGGAGACGGAAGCGCGAAUGUUCAGCGCGGAAAGCGAAGUGUUGCGGGAGGCAGUGGCGAUCGGAAGAACACCGACGUUGCUGGCCUGGCGGCUGGGACAACGCUUGCAGAGGGGACGUCCGGCGAUAAGUAUGACGAGAGCCGUGAGGUGGAAAAACACGAUGAACAGGAUGAGGCUCGCCACAGUACGAAUGGAGACGAAAGCGACACCACAAGUGAAGAGGAUCUUUUCCUCGAAGAGGCCAGCGACGACGAAGCGAAUAUGGCCGCCGAGGACAAGCUCCUCGCACUGGUGAAUGACGCUUCGAAAGUGUGUGAAGAGGCCAGCCCUGGAGAGGCUGGAGAUGGUCUGCUUCGAAAGCAUUUGUCACUAAGUUGGCACUUUCCAGCUCGGCGGCUGUCACUGCUCUUUAGCGCUAAGCUCGACGGGUUGACGGUAUCUUUCUGCGAUGCCCAAGCCAAAGUAACGCUUGUGCAUGUGAACGCGAGAAACGUUCGCCUGUGGGACGUCGGGACGCUGAAUACGCGAGUGGUGACAAUCGAAUCCAUAUCGAUUACCGAAUCCAUUAGUAGCACUGACCGAAGUCCGUCCUCGGUCCUGUCUUUUUCCAAACACCGCAACGCUCUGGCCUUCCGCUCAACAACCACCGUCGUGCCUCCAUCUGAAACGGCAGGCGGAGACGGUCCUUCCGCUCGAGCACGUCUCUCGCAGGAGUGUUCAUCGCUUUUUGGGGGCAGUGAGGACCCUGAUUUGCCAGGUGGUGAAGGAUCAAGUUGUGAGACACCGUCCCGUUCGUCAGAAAUCUGUCUGUGUCGUUUCCCCCUAGUCCUUGUUCCAUCUCUAGCGACUUCAGUGCUGCGCAGCGCUGAGGACAGGCGCCGGCGAGACGAUUCCGGUCAGGCACGUCCCUGCGAUGCUGGGGUGCUGUCAGGCUCCGAGACAAGCAGCAGUUGUCCAGUUCGGUUCUCACCUUUACCGCAAGACCAAAGCUCGGCUGGCCUGUGCUGCAGAAGCGAUUAUGCCCUGGGCCUGACUGACCAUGUGGAAUUGUCAGCACAACCAGCGAUCGGAGAGGCAGCGGCUUCAUUUUUUCCUACAGCGGCCUGUGUGUUGGUAGGAAAUCCGUCGAUAGUUGUGGCGCCAGCUCUCCUGAGCGCCCUGCAUUUCUGCCUGACCUUCCCCGUUUACACCUUUGCAUCUGAACAGGGUCGUCCACGCAGGAGCGAUAUCGGCGCUCCGUGUUCAUACACUCCGGCGCUCCCCUUGGACUGCGCGCUCAUGCCCAGUUCCACCAUCGAUGCCACGGUGGGGAGUGGAGAUGUGCACUACGAUUGGUGGGGGGAGUAUGAUCAAGAUGCAACAACUGUGAAUCGCACGCCGCGGCAGACCCUUGGAUCCCGAUCAAGUCACGCCCCCUGUCGGACACUCGCGUCGAUGCCAGGAGGCGCAACAGAGCUCGAACGCGUAACGCAGCCGGCGCAAAGAGCUAACAGUGUCCUUGCUUCCGACCUCGAGUCAAGUUGGAGGAACCGUCACGGCGCCGGCCGAGACAUUCGGACUGGCAGCGUGAGCAAGCUCGGUCGCCAAAGUUUGCUUAGCCUCGACGCUGGCGUGUCGGGAGGAGAGUCAGGCAGUGACUCCGCGACAGAGUAUCGUCGCCAGGAUGUUGACACUGGCACGAAGGGGAUCGGGCCACGACGCCGUGAUGAGUUGCGAGGGAAUUCAGAAUGUGGCUUUUCCGUGCUUGGAAAUGGUAGGCGCGCGCAAGGGUAUUUCCGGCCUGACGGGCGCAGCCACCCGCGGCGCAUGAUAGCCACAACCUCCAUGGAUUCGCCUCAGCUUCCUCGCGUGGCGAAAACGGCACCCGACUCGGCAAUUCCCGUACUCUCGUCUAGGAUCACGUCGCUACCGGGUGGGGAUCCUGCGUCGAGUGGGCCAGACAGCGUCUUGUUACAUUCGUCUCUGGCGUCGUUGAAAGCGCAGAGGAGGCGUCGCGCUUUACGUGGACAUCCUCAGUCAGGUGGAGCAACCACGGGGAACAGACCGUCGGACUUUGGCGGAGCUGGCUAUCCGCCGUGUGCAGGAGGCACCGACAAGGUGCGCUCAUGGAUUCUAGACACGCCCCAAGUUGUGCCAGGUUCCGGGGAAGCGUCUGACGAACAGGAAGAUCUGGAUGCUGGCCAGUUGCCACCAGGGUGGUCCGGGACCGGCCAUACAUCCCGUCGGUCUCGCACUGCUCGCUCCAGUUGGGUGUCAGCGGGAAGGACAUCCGGGUAUAAGACGUCUAGCGGGUUUGUGGACAAUGUAGAGCAACUUACAAAUGGGUUCGGCGUUUCGGCUCGGACUCGCUCCAGAGCUGGUCAUCGGAGAAUGCUUCCGGAAGGACCUGACAAGGCGGUUGGCCGUGACGCCACUGCGACAGCCGCCGAGGGAGGGACAGCGGUGCAUAAAACUGGGACCGUCGUCACGAGCUACGACGCUGCGCUGUUUUUGCAUCCGUGCCUGGCAGCAGUUCAGCAGCUCAAUAUCCUUGCCUCCUGGCUUGCUGGCGAGUUUCGGCGGCAGCAGCUUCACGAGCUCGAAUCCACCGCGGCGCGGGCUACCAGCGCCAGGCGUCUCCAACGGAAGAUGCAGAAGGCGCAGCGAGCUCAGAGGAGGGCUGAAAUGCGCCACGCGAGUACUUCCCCCAGUGCAGACAUUGAUCAGCAGCUGGGAUUUGCACGUGGUCUGGCGGAGAGACACUCGGCAGGGGCCGCCGAACCGGAGGACGCUGCGCACGAUCCGGUUGCGAUGGUUGACAGUGCGACUGCUCGGGCUGGGUUCACGUUCAGGCCAUCUGUCGAAAGGGAGUGGCUGCACGACUCCGCGAGUUUCUCUCGGCCCUCAGAUGGCGAAUGUCGCAGUGGAGAGCAAGUUCGUCUGCAUCAAACGCCGAACGCUGGAUUGAUCAGUGGCUACCACAGUCAGCCUCUGUGGGUGCCAGAGUGGGAUGAGGUUCAGAAACUGCGACCGGCUUCCCCUGAGCAGGAGCAGCAGUACGCAUAUCUGUUGCAUCUUAUUCGUCUCCUUGGCCUCGGGUUCGCUACGACUGCUGACGUAGACGGGGCAAGCGUCGCGCGCCAGCGCGCACAGGUCACGGUGUCUGCUGAAUACGUCCAUUUCUCAGUCGAGGAACUCCGAGUAGAACUUAAAGCGAUGCCUGCGUCAUUUAUCCUCAUGACUUCAGUCGAGCUCACACGAAGCUCACACGUUCUCCACUUUGUGCUUACCGCGACGGACAGAUAUGGUGAUGCUCGUCGCCAGAGACGUUUUAGCGUCGACACCCACGUCGGGGGACCCCUGGAUGGAAAUGAUCGUGAGUCUGAGUUGGCGCAGGAUGAAGCUUCGGAGGGAAUCGACAUUCGCCACCAGGGAGAGUUUGCAAGCCGAUACUCGGACGCACCCCCCCACAUGCCUCUCGGAGACGCACAACCCGACCCCUUGGUAGCCGCAGUGAGUGAAUCCGUGUGGGAAGUGGAGCACAAAGUAUGCCUCUCUGCAGAGUGCCCGGCUGCCAGCCAAACUAACUUGAGGGCAGACCCAAACGAACGGGCGGGCAUGCAAUUACCGCGUGAGGCGGAAAAUGGCUCACGGCGGGGCGGUGAGUUCAAUCGAGCAGCUCAGAACGCUGCGGAUUUCGACCCCGACACGCAUCAGUUGGUACCGGGGCCACCGCUCCCUUUGUCUUGGACUGGUGCGGGCAGUGGCGAGCGCAUACGAACUCAAGGUGGUGCUCUGUCCAGCACAAGGGCUCCGCAGUGGAGAUUUGGAUCUCCAACAGACGACGCCAGCCGAGCCUCGCGUGGCGAAGUCCGCGCUUCCUCGAGACGUGCGACGGAGGCUUCAUAUGCGUCCUGGACGGACGUGAUCCACGGACACGACGCAGGCAAAAGGCCGAUGGCGUCCCCCGCCUACCAGUAUGGUGGAAACAGACACGACAAGGUGGCUGCGCACCAUCCUGCGAAUCUUCGCAAGCAUCGCCGCAUGACAGGCUCGAAGUACUCUCUGCUCUACGGCCCUGUAGACGCCAGCGGGUACCGCCGGUCCGAGGUGCUGUGUAUCUUCGAGAGGAAUCAACGGAGACAGCAGAUGAAGCAGCUUGGGGAAAUCUGCCGCAAGGACGCGAAUAAUUCAUGCCAUUCUCACUCGAUCCCAUGUGGAGGAUCCCCAGGAAUGGCAGCGAAUGCUCUUUCGGCACAGAGCGUGUGCCGAGCCUCUCAGGUCGCACCUGCGGACGAGCCUGCCGAAAGCGGAAGAGAACUCCCGACUAGGCCGCAGAGACCAGCUCCGCGGUUGGCCACCGGACCGCCAGGAUUUUGCCGGAGGCUUGGUUCUAGAAGACGUUUCUUCUGGUGUAUUGGCGACGACGAGGCAUACUUACCUCGUCCGCUGCAGGAGGAUCUCCUAAGCGGGGCUGGAUCAUCUCAUGACCAAGCCGAUCACCAAGGACUGCAGAGUCGUCUGGCGCUUCCGGACGGCUAUCCAAACAUCGUGGCAUGGCGAGGCGCGUGGAUAGGAGGAAACGCGGCUUCUUUCUCACCGGAUGGCUCGGCUGGGGGAAUGUUCGGAAAGAAUUUGCCUGGAGCGAGUCCUGCUAUGGCGCCCACGAGUCCACUGGAAUCGCCUUUGCUGGACCUCCUUGGCUUUGCGGGUGCCCCCACUCAGCUUCUGCUCAGCCUUCCGCAUUUCUCGUGCGUACUCUUAAAUGACGUGUUCGAGGGUGACCUCGAACCCCAUCAGCUCUGGCCAAUGUCUCGGACUUGUGAGGGAGCAGCGUCAGGCGCUGGUGCCACGGUGCUUCAAGCGGUAUCUGAGCCAGCGACGAACGUCAUUGCGGGUCGUCCAGUCUCAUCUAUAGGAGGAUAUGGCAGCGGCAUCCGAUCUCAGAGGAGUCAUUCACAACGACCAGUGGGAGAGGCGCGGAAGCGCUGUCAGGCAGGCGCCGCUGUAGAAGAGACUUCUGGGUCAAGUCGUUCACAUCGUGUCCUUAUGAGAGGCCCGAGGACUCAUGAAUCACAUCCUUUGAUGAGGAUCACCAUCAGAAACAUUCGAGCUGCGGGAACGAACACACUUGUUCAACCCGGUUACACCCUGUCAGUGGCAAUACCAAGUAAGACUGCAACAUCCCUGAUUCCGGAACACUUUGGCGGACCUGGACGGGAAACGCUGGUGGAGGAGCGUCACCCACCAAAGCGCAGAAGGAUGGAAGACGGGAGGGAUCACACGAAUGGGGAAGGCGAUGCUGAAGACCUACGCGGGGCGCAGUAUCUCUUGAUGCUGCUUCAGAAGCAGCUGCUUCAACAUGGGGAGGUGAAUACGAAGAGCGGCGCAGCAGCUGGAGUAACGAAAAAUGGUCUGUUUUCAGAAAAUAUGCUUAUCAACGGUGAAGCCGUUGUCAAAGUCGAGGCGUACGUGAUGGCGAAGAGGUCGCUUGUGCAGCACUCGACAGUCGCUGCGACUUCAGCGGCAGCACAGACUGGGCUGUUGCGUGGCCGAGCACGGAGGCGAGCCCGGUCAACCGCGCGCAACUCAGGCUCCGCCGGAGGUGCUUUACUGAGUCCAGAUGAGUCUGCAUAUAUGCCCAGACCGCAGCGACGAACUGGCAGCAUCUGCUCAUCAAAGCGGAGCGGCUCCUCACUUCGCACAAGGGAGGAUCACCGGCGAUCGUCGUCUCCGUCACCAGACGCGCUCCUACGCGUGCAUCCCAGGGAGAAAUGUGCACGGGGUUCUCGAGAAGGAAAAGACAGUGCCGAGCACCGGAUAGCUAAAGGCAGCCGUGUGGCAAACGAUGACGCAACGACGAACCGGAGGGGCACAUCUGUGGGGCCGUCGACGGUCGCAGGCACGGAACCCUUUUCUGACACUGAGCACUCCGGGAAAACGACGCCGGUAAACAUGAGGGCGAGUUUGUCAGGAACUAGCAGCGGUUUGGGUACAGCUGAACGAUGUGAGGGGGGGUUGGAGAAAGCGCUGAACUGCUCCCCUCGGCAGGCGUCUUCUACAGGAUGGGAAAGCGACGUUCACGGUAUGCGGGGCGACUAUGUGCCGGCUGCCGAGCCUGGCAUUGAGGUGGAGGAAGUCUGGGAGCCCGUUGUCGACGCAUUCACGGCGUCCUUCCGAGCGUCGCUGAGCACCGACUCGGCUGAUAUUGUCUUCACCCUAUCCGAAAAACCACCAGCGCAGAAGUCUCAUGCUCUGGCUGGCGUCGGCCGGCGCGUGGCUCCUCAGGCGAUGCCGGCAUCACCAGUUGCGCGAAACCGGGGCAGCACGACUGGGAACCUUCAGAAAUUGGCCAGGAUGGAACUGCGCCGCGGCACGACCGUCGCCAACCUUGCCGUGUCAGAAACCACUUUAUUCCAUGGCUCUCUGCCGACGGCCCUGCCAUUGUUCGCCAGAGUCGGCGGCAGAUCUCCGGACCAAAAUAAACAAGGCGUUGUACGUGUGGCGUUCGCGUCCUGGCAUCUACACACGCUGGUCAACCUCUUGAAACACCUACGGCUGGAGUGGGCAAAGGCUGCGGAGCACAGCAACCGCGAAAAUACAGCGUUCUGGGCUCACGCCGCUGCCGAAUGGCUGCUUCCGUCCCAGUGGGUCGAAGACGAGCAAGUCACAAGUGGAGAUCCAACUGCUGACCAAAUGCCACGUCAUGCCGGAGUGUACAGAAGAUGGUCAGUUACCGGAGACCUACCAUAUUCGAGGCCUGAAACGGAUCCGCGGGGCGACCAGUUGUCCCUCUGCAGUCCCCAAAGGCGGCCCGACCCCCGAUACCUCCAGAAGAAUGCGCCGUUUAAGGCCACUUACAGACGAGGCAAACAACUGAUGUCCGUAACGUCGGAGGAUCUGGGCGCGGGCGGUAGGAUUCCUUCUGUUACCUCUACUACCUCGGCAGCCCCCGCUAGUCUCCCUCCCGUGGUAGAACGCAGCGUCGCUUCUACGGGGAUUACGCUAGAGGAGCCCUUGAACUCUAUGGACACGGUCGGUGUGCGUGCUCCCGGGAGCUCGACGACACGGCGACAGCCCUUUUCUGGAUACCCUGGCUUCAGGCAGAAGGGAAAGGCGAUGACCGGCGGCCAGUCGUGGUCAGAUGUCAGGCUUGAAAACGGCUUAGUGGAACCGGACAUAAGAUAUGGCGGCGGGACGGAGCUGGCGAGCGACGCGAGAGGUUCACAUGGAGCCACUGGCUUACCUGGUGCCUCUAGCAGUCCGUCAGACCCCUCCAAAAACUGCAAAGUAGCACGCGCUGGUCAGCGCUCGAAGACUGCUGAUCCCUCAGCACAGGCGCCAGGAGACGUUGCAUUGCGCAGUGAUAAAAUAAUGGGUUGGCAGCCUGAUGCAAACCCAGGUGUUCGGCCUCCUCCAAACGAGGUUAUGCGUGCAGAGCGGCCUUUUCGAAGCAGGGAUAGUCUUCGGGUAAUCCCGUAUUGUCGCCUGCCUUGUGUGACCGACACUGGCACCAAUCAUCCGAAGAUCAGCGACGUGGAGAGCCGCUCGGUAAAUUGUUUGUCCAGUUUUGGGAGCAGUCCGGACAUCUAUCGGCUUCGAGACUUCGCACUGUUUCUCCACAAUGCAUCGGGGCUGCCUAUGCUCCUGUCGGUCGAGCCGUCGCCGGGACUGUUGACUGUCGACACCUUCCAGACGAAAGCAGUCGCGUCGACGUCCCUGUCGUUGCACGGCUUUGCAAACUCACCCGAACAGCCUAUUGGGAGCGGCACUGAAAACCGAAGAACUGGUCCUGUGAGGUUGUUGGCUCCGGACCAGGUGGUAGCUUUCGACGCGUCUUUUUUUUACGGGGAUCCGCAGACUCGCUGCGAUCAUCGAAGCUGCAGGUUGCGCGUGGUGGCCGUGAACAAUACGGAUCCAGAGGUUAAAAGCUCUCCGCAUGCGCGUACAAGUUCCUCGAUGCCCGCCACCCCGCUGAGAAGGAAGCCUAUGCUGCCGACCUGCCAAAAGAUGCAAGGCAAAGCUAGGAAUGGCAGGUGUGAAAACGUGCGUGUGAGGCGAGCUCGUGUGUCGCUGCACCACGUCAAAGCGACGGCAAGCCGAUUGCGGGGUGUCCGUUCGCCUCUACUGAGAGGCGUUUCCUUCCGGCAAAGAAACUCUCGAAGAACUGACUCGGAUAUGGCCACUCAGUUUGCCAGUCUUGUCAAGGCGGCCCUGGCGGCACCAGAGGUGUGGAUGUGCGUAGAGCUUCCGAAUUUGCCUUCCGCGGGUGUACUCCGCUUACCCAUUGUCCAGGCACUGCAUGUGGAUGGAAAUCGGCCACCUUCCGAACCGGAGGGUAUGGGUAAAACGGACACUUCAGCAACCACGGAUCCGGGUUAUGAGGAGACCAUGCAAGACGGUCAGCUCAGCGGCAACACCAUGUGCGUGUGCCACGUUCAGCACUUGCUACUGGCCCGGGCGGUGGUCAGCGCGGGAGCGACAUCACCAGAUGAGCAGCAGCAGCUGAUUACCAUCGGCUCUCCCCUGACGCUAAGGAACCUCACGCCCUUCCCUCUGUCCUGCGAACUCGGCAUCGUGAUGCCGCAAGUCCACGCAUCCAGCAAGAGUCGGGCGGCCGGAGUGGAGCGCGAUCGUAAGCGUUCUGCUACAGCGGGUGACUCCGGGGAUACCGCAGAGAGAAGAUAUGCUGCGACCGGAGGCACGGCUGGCACGAUGCUUCGGGAGCAGCUGCUUCAGGAGAGACACGGCAACUGCCACGCUGCUCUACAGUCGCAAGACGACGCGAGCCGGGGUCGCCUGCCGGGAUUAGAAGAAACAGGAGACCAGCUACAGAACCAUGGGCCCGAAGUUUCCGCCGGUCCAGGCGACCAGAAAGAAACUGCUUCCUCAGUGGUCCCCUUGGUGUCCCGACGGAGCACGCCGGCAAGGGCGAGCAGCGUCUUGCCCGUCUUCGCCCGGGCUGUGAAAGGGAAGAAAUCGACCUUCCGAGGUUCCACCUCAGCAACGUCAGGGAAGAACAUUAUGUUGCGAGAAUUCGUUUGUCCCGCACGGGGCGGCACAUACAGCCUGCCUGCUGUGGCUCUUGGGACCGUGGACAAUGGUUUUUUUCUCGACGCCUCAGCGUCUGGAGGGUUGUCGAGCUUGGCCGCGACGCGGACGGCGGCCGCUGCGGCUGAACCAACUCCUUAUCCUUCGCGUUGCGGAACCGGGAACGAUACGAUCAUAGACAAGAUCAUUCAUAGAAGGCCACGCAGGCCUUUGACUUUCGACACUUCCACUAUGUUGUCUCUGAAACUGCAGCUUCGUUCGACGGGUGGAUCGCUCUCCAGUUCUUCAUCACCAGCAGGCAUCACGUCGGAACAGGCUGGGCACCGGGGCAUUAAAAAGUGGCACGACGCUAGUUCUUUUGCUGGGUCUCGAGGGGAUGAAGGGAGCCAGGUCUGGGCAUCUGGACGAUCGUUUCAGCCUGCUGGGGUGCCAGGAGUGUUCUGCUCCAUUAUCGGCCUUCGUGGCGAACCAAAGAGCCAGCCGUCGCUUAAACAACUCCGAUGCCUGUCAACCGUCUCCCAGUGGAGAGCAGCCUCCUUCAGCCUGGGACGCUCACCGAGAAAGACGACUGCAUAUUCCGCUGGUGGUUCCGACCGCGUUUUCUUGCUGGCAUUUUACUCGUGUACCAUGUGGAAACCGGCAAGAGACAGAGUAACGAACAGCGGCAGUCAGGGACGUAUCGUCGAUACCCCGUGUCUUCUUCCACCCUUUGUCGGAUGCUGCGGCGGACCUCCUCGUGGCCUUGGGGUUACGGAAGAUGACCCGCACGAUGAUUUGGCUUCUGGUUCAAGUUUCAUGCGCUUAGGAGACCUCUUCAAUGACGACGAAAGUGAAGACCUGGAGAUGUGGCAACGUUGCCAGAGGAGCACUUGGGUUGUGAAAGUGCCGCUGCGCAUCUGUAAUCAUCUGCCUUUCCCCGUGACUCUGCGCCUGAAGGACGCUGUAGCUCCGACAAUCGGGCAACGAAUGAACGAUCACAGUGACGUGAAAUCAGAGAGGGACGCGGGCGCCGAAAGGGAGGUCUGGCCCACCUCUUCCCAACCCUGUGAGACGAACCGCCGACAUGCUGAAGGCGCAUGCCAGCCUGGGUCGUCUUCAUACGUUGGGUCCUGGGCAGCUUGUGGCGGCCAGUCACACGCUGAAGGAUUUCCCCUCGCCAAAGAGGUGGAUGAGCGCGCCGAUAUCAUCGCACGGGCCCAAGAAGCUGCAGCAGCUGCUGGUAGAGGGUCGUGCGAAGUUACAGUUCCAUCUCUUCAGCAGCGUCUUUGCUGUGGAGUCCACGGCGCGGAGGUCUUGCUUGCAUCUGUCAAGUUCCCUCAAUCUAGCUGGAGCGGAUUUUACCGUGUAUGGGACGUGACUUCUCCGGUGGAGGAAACUGACGCUGAGUCUCCAGGCCAUGCCACGGCCACCAGAUGGGACAACGGCCAUAACUACGCGAAUCAAGGCUCCACGGAGGCGUCUGGCAAAUUAAGUGCAGGAGGGGAACUGUCCUAUGGAGCAUCUGGAUGCUUACACAGAGCUGAUCAGCGGCCAGCCUAUAGAAUUGGUAUGGCUUAUUCGAAAAGUCCGGUACAUGAAGUACAAGUGAUUCGCGUGCCCGAUCUCCACAAGAGAAAAGUCUUCGAAGUGCGAAUCACCGCCAUUUACUCCCCAUUUGAUCCCGCGCUGCCACCCCACUUUCCUGGGGUAGCGGCUGCUCUGACCAUGAUCAUUUCUGCUCCUGUCUGGCUGUCGCAACGUUGCAUUCAAGCGCCGCUCUCCUUCCUGCCUCAAGCUCCGCGGCGACGGUCGGCGACCAGUUGGGAGAAGGCGGCUGACCUAGCACGCGGUUUUUGCGCAGCACCGCUGCCCAGCGAGGCUGAAUCUAUCUCAGAUGAAAGCUGGCCCACGGAGCGCAACGGGCAUGCCAAAGGCGACUCCGAGGCUCCGCUUAGCAGCCGCGGCGCAGGACGUCUUGCUCGACGCACACUGGCGAAGCACCGUCAAUCCAACACAAGGCUCUCGAGAUUGACAGUAACGCCGAGCCGAACAUGGCGUGGUACAGCGGAAACUGGCACCAGAGGUAGGCGACGGAGGUGGGGCGCCCUGCAUGGAAUAAAACAUUCCUCAGGGGCGCCUCUGACCGUGAGAGCGCUCUCAUUCCCGAGAAGGAGACUUCUAAAGCGAUUAUCGGGCGGAUCUGUUAUUCGCAAAGCCUCGGACAGUGGAAUGUCUCAAGUCGAUGUGUCUUCACAGUCCGACAGACACCAGGUCACGCGCUCUCAUCGGAGCAGCCGCAGCAUCUGGCUCACAGCUGGAAGACGCAGCUGGACCCCCACUGCACUGAAGCGGUCCAAGAUCAGUGGGUCGGCAGACGGCACCAUUACAGCAAACCUCGCCGGGGCUGGUGCAAGUCCACUUCUUUUAGCCUCUUCCGUCCUUGAAGUCGGCUGUUGCUUUCUGCGAUCUGAGCAGCAAACGUCGUGCGACGCCGGUGGACGCGGACAAGGCCUAGCCCAAGUCUGCGCUUCAUCGGGUGGCUGGGAAGGCGGAAAAGAGCGCUACGAACGGAGGCGUUCAACACGAAGAUCGGCGACCCAUUUGCGUCACUCGAAUUCGACCGGACUGUGCGGCUAUGAUGACAGUGAUGACGCCCGUUCAGAAUUCUAUGGGUGUCGCGGCCAGGGCCUGUUCCCGUUCGCGGCUUGCCGGAGUGGGGCAAGCAGUAUGAUGCAUGCGGCAUCUGGUAGCUGGGGCAUGCAGCGUUGCACGUCUCCUGAACGCUGCAGUUACCCUGGACCAGUUGGAGAGCCACUCGCGUUUCCCGGAAUGUGCUCGGGGUCUGGCUGCGCAGACCGAGGCACCGAGACUGAGUUUGGCGCGCUGCAACGGUGUCGUCGUCGCCUGGCUGCGGCACUUGCCAUGAACCAAUUUACUCUGUCUGCGGGUGUUCUCGACGUCCGGGUCUUACUCAGUUCACGUUCGCUGCUUUCCUACUUUUCAGCGAUACGCAGACCCGGCACAAAGGGAGGGGGAGCAAUCGUGGCAGAGGAAUCGAAGGAAGACUCGCCCGCGGACUUGGGAAGCUCUCUCGUUUUACCUCCUACCAUUUCUCCACCACAGGAAGCUGUCCCGUUGCGAAUAGGCUGUUACGACAUGGUCCUCCAGCAGUCAGGAGCGUGCACUCCGGAUACCCAGCUUCUUGCUCUCACGAUGUUUCCGACACUGCUUCACAAUUCUUGCUCUUCGCCAGCGCUGCCGGUUACAUCUCGCCAAGCUUCGAGUGCCGCACAUCAGACCGGUGGCAGACUGACUCGUCCUGGGACGUCCGUCUCCACGUCAAGGGCAGACGACCGCUGGCGGGACAAUGACUCGGACAACGAAAAGGAUGGCACGAUGGCGUCUGAGAAGUUCCCGUGCGUGUCGCCUGCGACGCCGAUGUCGUCCGACGAAGACCGCUCUACGCCUCCGUUUCCCAGAGCAGCGACAUCUUUCCCCUGCUUCGCGCCGUGGGCUACCCCGUUGUCGACCGCACUCCUGUCGGCGUCCUCUUUAUUGGCAGCUCGAUCUGUGUUGCUCCAGUUCGUUCCUCGGUUCAUCUUUAUCAAUUCCCUGGAUGUAGACUUGGAGAUUCGUCAGGCGAACGUGAGCGUACCAUUUGCCAUGCUUUCCUACUUCCCUCCGCAAUCUCCCAGCGGCAGCCUCCAUCGCGAUAGCAUAUAUUUCCGUGCACCCUUCGCUUCCCAUGAAAGCCUCGGUUCCGCCAUGUGGCCCGAGCAGGGAAUCGGCCGGCCUCUCCGUGACCGCGCUGACGACGAUGAAGCUGACCAAGCUUUGUCCCUCUUCAACACGGUUUUCCUCAGCCCCUCGGCUCCCAUUCUGUUUUUGCCCAAGGGAGCUGCAGCUGUGUUUCAUUUUCCGGAUCCAACAGUCGCCUACGCCGUCAACAUUAGACUAUCGUCCCAUACCUAUUCCUCGCCAUAUACGACAUUCCAGGAACCGCAGAUGUACGGCCAGCACCCACAUCAGCCGCAUAUGGGUCGCCUAUUGAACGCUGGAGAGCGCGCCUUACCAUCUGAUUCCCCUCUCCUGCUGCCGCAUCCUGCGUUUGAGGGAAUGCGGCUUCUCGACGUGCUGCGGCAACAGGACGUCCUUCUGAUGAAAGAUCGUUAUUGCCGAGACGGUGCGGCCGCUGCGCUGGCUGCCGCUAGUGAUGGAGAACGUUUGUCGGAUGCUAGCAGCACUGUCAAUGGGAGUGUCGCGUCCUGGAAAGAAGACGACGCGCUUCUGAGGAACCUGCCGAGCGACGGAGACCUCCACUCCCGGGGAGCGGUUGAGGAUGUCGGCGACCUGUUCCGGGGCAUGAGUAUGGACCUCCGGAGGAGCACGGACGGGUACAUGUCAUCGUCAGGAAAUAGUCUCGACGCAAGCACUUCGUCUUAUAGAAGGGCCGCACCGUCUUAUCGUGGUCGAACAGCCAGUCACCUGUCAGCAGAUCCCUCUGACAUGCGGGCUGCUGGCGUCCCAGUGCUCCCCUCGCGGCCGCUGCCUCACAUUAGCCCCCCCUUGCCGUACUUCCUCUGGACAGACUGCCUAUAUGUGUCUUGCCCCGCACCUGAUACGGCGGCUUAUCGUCCGGUUGACGCUGCCACAAAGGCAGACACAGGUGACGGAAGGCCUUCUCUGCGUUUCCCGGAUCACGCCUCCAGACACCGACCUCCAGGAACCAGCUCGGCUGCAUUUGGCGGUUUGAAUUCGCUUCUGACGAGUUGUGAUGGGCGUGACAUCGCAUCCGGCACGGAGGCCGUCGCAGACGCAGGGGAUGCAGACAGAGUUUCACGAGCUUCACCAGGAGUCGCUGAAUGCUCACCGGAAGCAGCUUUGGCUGCAGCGAUGCGCAGCGCGAGUCAAAGCUUUCCACUCCUUGACUGUCUCGGGAAUUUGUUCGCCGCGGUCGAGGCGACCAUCGGAAACAGCGAUGGCGGCAAAGGCAGUAUUUCCUGCGUGACGUUUUCUGCAGCUCGCACGGCCCCAAUUCAUGUGGAGAACCACCUUCCCUCAUCCUACAUUCUCGUGACCACCAGCUCCCCAGUGUGUUUCACGGCCACUGCGUGCGCAACCGUUGGGUCAGGCUGUUUCGGCCGUGCAGCCGCGGGAUGGAGGAACGUGAGGGGCGGACACUUGAGCGUGAACGCCGGAGAGUCCACCGACGGCGGCAAAGCUGGGAUUCGGAAGCGCCUCCUGCAGUCUGGUUCUCGUUGGCCUGCGGGAAACUGCGGGCCUCCACCGGUCUCCGUUGCGCCUCGUCAGAGCAAACCCUUCUGGCUGCAGCGCGCGCUGCCUCUCUGUCCCGCGUGCGAGGCGGCAGACAGCGCUGCAACAGCCGCAGCGAGGCGCGCGGCCGCAGCUGCAGCGGCAGCAGCUUCCACUACCCUCGCAGAGGAGCACCUUGCCCGACAGCAACCUUCCUCGGGAACAACGAGAAGGCUGCAGGGGCGACGGACAAGGCGGAAAAGGGAUGGAGAAACGGCGGCGUCCAUGUGUGAAGAGGGCGACACCUCCUCCAGAUAUCGGUUCACAGAUCACCUGACGGGGGAGCAGACAAGGCGUCGAGAUCGCGCCGCGCGCGACAGUGCUUGCUCCUUUCGACGGGGGAUGCCGUGGCGGGCGGGCAAAACCCGACGAACAGGUAGUAGUUUCGGCGACGGAUAUGGGUCUGGGAGCCGACGCGGCAGGCGCCAUCACGAUGGCUCCACGGGGGAUGACUCGGACGUGUGGGACUCUAGCAGCGGAAGCGUGACAGAUUCCGAAAUUCGGUAUGGAACCCAUGAGGGUAGCGAAGAGUGGGAUGGUGAAAUGAGUGAGUUUUCGAGUUCUCGCUCUUUCACGUCAUUCUAUCCAGACUCAACGCGGGACAGGGAGGUUGUCCAUCGUGCCUACCCGUCUUCGUCCUGGGGUGACAGUGUUGCUGACCGUUACUUCGAGACUCAGGCACGAUACGUGGACGCCGAUGACCCUUCGCUUGAAAACGGCUCUGUUAGCGACUUCCUGUGGCCUCCGCCUGCACUCCGACGAAUUCAGAAGCAGUUAGAAACAGCGUUCGGAGAAGGGGUAAAGAAGUGCCAGGAGACCGCGGCAGCAGCAGCCGGAAUUCUCAAGCAGUCUCUGCAGUGGCCAGAGUUGCGUGGCGCGGAGGACCACGAACGGCAACAGCUGGUGGGGAGCUGGGGACGCCAAGGUGUACUUCGUUGGUUUGAGAAGCUCGCGGCAGCAGAACGCCGACCUGGUCAGCCAAUUGAGCACGUCCCUGACUGUCCCCGCCGCCGGUCAUCGGGCGGCGUGCCGCCAGCCAGUGGUCAGUCCGGUCUCGGGGACGUGAGGGAGACGUUGGAGAGGACGACAGGAGGAAGGGGAGUGGGGAACAGCGUUUUUAAGGGCGGCGAAGAGUCAGGAGGCAAGGCGUGCGAGGCUGCAGCAAACACAGCCGAAAGGGAAGCCGGUAGCUUGAAUCUCAACUGCUUACGAGAAAAGCUGUACAUCCAGAUUGUGGGUGAGGAUCUGGCUUGGGUUGAGGUGGAUGUUUACAAGAAACGGACAACGAAGCUCGUGCUGCAAAAUCCUCGUCGGACGUUCUACUUUUAUUCCCGCACUGAAGGUCGCACUGCGAUUCUCAGUGUCUCUCACGUCCCCCCACCAGAGUCCUUGACAGCACUACAUGCGGCGGAGAGGGGGGGAAGACAGGCGGCACACGAGGAGGCGUUCCACGCCCCUCCUAGCGAACACCUUUCGCGACACGAGGCGAACAGUGACGGGGAUUCAUUCGGUACUGGGGACGACGGGGGAGCGUCCGAGCAGGCCGAGAGCUCCAACCAGCGCAGCAUACCGGCGAACAGAGGCGAGAAUGCGGAAUGGCCCUGGGUGGAAGGCAACGCCGGCCCCUGCAGAUCCGAGCUGGACGGUGCGGGAAAGCGGCUGCACUCAAAAAGAAUCAAGACGACCAUUCAAUUGCCAUGCCUGUCUUUCUCUUUCAUUUGCGGGUCACCUUCCUCGGGCCUUGAUCGAGCCUUAGGCGUGUACCGGAAUCCACGGGAGACUUCCUCACGGACGUUGAGGUGUCCUGCUCAGUUUCAGCUGGACUUGCGAUCCCUCCAGUUCAGUCUCACCAGCAGGUACCUCGUCCCGUAUGGGGUCGUCCCUAUAAACGGCCGCGGUGGGGUUGGCCGACAUGUACUGCUCGCCCGGCACUUGUGCAGCUUCUCUAUCCAGCAAGUUCACCUCUUCAACUUCUCUCCAGAGUCUACCACUUUCCCAGUAGUCCUUGGCCCUGCCUCGAUUGCGUCCUACACGAACGGCACCGGCGCCAACGUGGCCACUCUCUCAGGGGCCGCAGACUGCGAAGAGCACGUUGGCGGCCAGAACCUCUCUGCUUUUACCGGAGCAGAACGAAGUGAGAACAUGGCAGUUGUGGGGAGAUCUGUCCGCAGGAACAGAGGAGACAGCCCACCUGAUGAGGGGCGGGCUCGGACGCACGACAAAUGCGUGGCGGCAGAGGGGCGCACGGAGCCACCAACUCUGCGAAUUCAAAUUUUGGCGUCUUCCAAGCGACAACAGGGAUAUCCUGGAAUGUAUCCCUUCAUGGUGUACGUUCAGCAGAGUAUCUGUGACCUCCGCGUCUCAUGUGCUCCCCUAGUCGUUAACCUCGACAUGAGCCGGAUCCUUCCAACGGCGCUCGCAUUCCUCGACACGGUUCGGGGGACCACGUCGCCCCUUUUGCUUCAGCUGCAGUCUCGUCCGUUCUGCGUGCCCGCCGAGUCUGCGGCUGAUCUCAGGAGCCCAACACGGGCGGGGGGACCAGACGCGCAUCUGGCUGCAGCGCCCGACGCCUUUGGCCUUGUCGGAACUGGGUGGCCCGAACCUCCAGUGUCUCUGUCUCUCGGAAGCCCUCAAUGUUUUUCAACAUCUCGGUUUUACGCGAAUCGCUGCUCUCUGAGUUCCGGCUCCAGUAUCGCGGACGGCGAUUCGCCAUCGAGCCACUUUCGGAUAGGGCCAGCGCCGCGUCGGCCACAACCCGAGACGUGGGAGCGUUUGAGUCUCUUCUCUCCCGAGCGAUCAGGCAAUCAAUCAGCGGGUUCUGGGCAGACGGUCUCACCGUCAACCGUGCCCACCUUUCCUUCCUUCUUUUUCACGUGUUUUCCGUCUUCGUCUGUGCCGACGUUCGGCCCAUCCUUCGCCCCUCCGAUGCCGCCAGCGACAGCCAUCCAAGAGCUUGCCGUUGACUCGCUCUCAAUAGACCCCGUUAUCUUGAACAUCUCCUGCGUCUUCGACGACCUCCUGAACACGGCAGCAGAAUCGCGGGCCUCGCGCGACGGUACUGUCCCGCCUUCGGCAAAGCCCCAGGAUGUACAACCACGACAAAUAGGCCUGACUCAGAGCAGCGUCAGCCUUACGAACACGCCUGCUGAACGAACCUGUGGAUCGCGUUACGAACGAAUCAUGUUGUUGGGAGGAGUCCUCUGGCUUCCGGAUUCGGCGCAAACACGCAAGACAGGAAGUCAUUUGACGCACCACAGACUCACUCACGAGUCGUCAGUGGUGGACCGUCUUCUGUCUGUGUUUCUCCGGUCGAUGAACGUGGAGAACGCUAUUGUUAACCUCAGACAAUUCUCGUUCGACUACGCUCGCCUGCCUCUGCCUCUUGUUUUGUUUUUUCUUUCCCAACACAUUCGAACGCAGCUCAAGAUGGCUGCGACUACCGCCGUGCUCUCCACUGACGGCCUUUUGAAUAUGGGGGCUUGGCAAGAGCGCGCAAAAGCUUUUGAGGCCUUCCUGGCUACAGCUUUCAAUCCCCACGCAGACGACGGCGCGAGGCCUUCUCCAGGCAACGCGGCGCAUCCGUCGCCGCCGGGACGGGACUACGCGGGACACGUCGGGCGGACACCGGGGGCCGACGGCCACCUUGUGGGGCCCAUGUGGCUUGGAUCAAAUGCUCUCGCCUCAGCAUUCCUCGCAGAUUCUGAUCUCGUUAGGAGAAACUUGCUCGUGAGAGCAGAAGCUCUCGGCGCUGCAGCGUCUGUCAUCCUUGAAGGUCUCGCGGAUGCUGUUUCUCGUGUGUUCGGCCUCUACGGAGCCGGCGUAUUGUCGGCGCUCACAGUGCUGCCCCAAGGCAGCGUGGAGUCUAGUGCCCGUCGUUACACGAUGUCCUCGUCAGCCGCAAGGACCUUGCAACUGAUGUUGCCCGCCCCCCAGACAGCUGGGCUCGCCGACGAGGUGCGGGAAGUUCAGCGCCUGCCUCCUGCACUUCUGUUCGAAGGACUCAUACGAGGGUGGACACGGCUUGUCGAAGACUGCGGAGAUGCGCUUCAAGACUUCCUAAGGUACCCCUUGGUGUCGACGUCGAACCUUGGUGCGGUCCACCUCCCCUCCGCCGUGCUGUCGGGAUGUCUGUCGCUGGUUCUAAAGCCGCUGAUAGGCAUCUGCGAGUUCAUUGCGCUGUCGGCGUCCGGACUGCACCACCAACUCCGGCAACGCCGCCCUCAGCUGGGCACUUCGCAGCAGAUGCUCUUGCAGCAACUGCUGUUGCUGAUGCGGGGGACUCGCGUCGCUGGGGGGGCGGCGCCCGUGCCUUUCCUGGGCUCUCCAGCGAUCGCUCCACGUUUUGUGCUGAGCGAUAACUACGCUUCACUGCGGGCCUCUUCCCGGUCGUCAGGACUCCUGGUUGCGGCCUCAGCUGCGUCCACGGCGCUGGCGUUCGCCUCGUCGUCUUCGGCCACCAGCCUCCUCCCCCUGCCGCGCAUGCUCUACGGCCCGGAGCGCGUUCUGAUGCCCUACGAUUCACGAGACGCCUUCAUUCAGUUGAUUCUGCUGCAGAUGGAGUCGCUGCGAGGGUUGGCCUACGUUGCUCACGCUCGGGACCGACGCCCUCCGGCUGCGGCUGCCGAAGUAGCGCGCGCCGUAUGCAUUGCGGCUAGUCGCGCUCCAGAGGUCCGAGCCGCACUUUGGACGGCUGCGCCUUCGCAGGUGGAUCUCGAGACGCCGUCUCCCCAUCUCGCACCAGAGACGGGAUCCGCCAGACAGGAGCGAGGUCGGAGACCAGGUGGGCACUCUUCUGGCCUCUUUGUUCUUCUUAUCGCCAGCGAUACGUGUUUCGUCGUUGUCGGGUGGCCUCUUGUCGUUUUAUUGCGGUUCAAAGUGAAGCACAUCUCAAGCGUCCACUGCGUGUCAUCCCCGUCGAGGUCAGUGCGCGCUCCUGGCGACGAGAAGUCUUUUCGUGCCAAACACAAGUCUCGGAGAGAUCGGCGCCGCGAGAGUGGAAACGGGGACCUGCCGAAUCCUCGAGAGCGAAGAGAGCCCGAGGACGCAGAGGACAAGGCGAACGCACCUCGACAAACUUCCAACGCAAGGGGAACGGGGCCGGACCUACCUCGCCAGCCGCUGCGCGCAACGGCUUCCCGAAGACGGCACGGUCAAGACUCCAGUCGCCGGUCCCGCGUGGUUCUCUGCGUGGCCAUGGAUGACGAGCUCAGCGGCCAAGUCAGUCGAUGCAACGCCGCCGUCUCAGCAGCGUCGGCCCUCGUCUCUCAAGCCGACGACGCGCACGGAGACCCAGGCGCUGCAGGCAUCGGGGGCAACAGGACGCGAGGGCCGUUCUCCGGCGCGGGCUUCGCAGCUCUCGGGCGGCUGUGGCAGCAGGGUAUGGGGUUCUGGCGUGUCACUCUGGGGGAAGCAGACGAGGCCGAGCAAUCUGAACACCCCGCGGCCACUCACCGACUUUUCUGGGUCGUCGACGUUUCGCCACCUGCACAGAGAGAAGCAACCGGCGAAGGCUCCUCUUCUAGCAAACCCUUGUCAACCAGCGACGAACUGCCGUCCUUCCGAAACGUGCACUCCCGUGGAGGAACUGCAGAUGGAGCGGCAGCGGAGUCCGCCCCCCUUCUGGAGGAGGAAGAGGAAGCGAACGACCGCGCGCCUGGCUCGCCACACGCGCUAGCUCGAGCGAGGCCUUCUCGAGAGGGGGAACGCCGGCGCAGCGUAGCGGCAUCCUCCGCAGGCUCCACCAAAGGAGACGAGCAAACCAGUGGCAGGCGUCAGACGAGCUCCGCAGCUGGACAAGCUGCAGGAGACACGCGAAGCAGCCGAACGUCGCGAUGGAUGGUUCUCCAACUCAACUCUGUUGAGGACGACAAGGCCCAGGAGUUCCAGAGAGAGAUCCUUCGCAUCAGCAGGCGGUCCUCAUGA